GUGAGAGCUUGACUUACGUCUUACAAUGAGUGUGACUGUGAGGCGGGCUUUUGGUGUCACAGGAAGACUUUAUAAUGAGAUCGGGGAGCGUACACAGCCUGCAGUGAGCUCUGCAGUCACAAAGACAAGGAGCUACUGAUAACCCAGCAACUGGAGGGGCACGGCACGCGUUGAAUAUGUCCCGCUUUUGCCUCCUGCUCCUUGCUGCCACCUUGUGCUGUCUGGCCGGUUAUGAAUACCAGGGUGAUGACAAUUUCCUCUUCUACACGGACUCACUUGAGGACAGCCAUCAAGCAGAAGCUGAGGCUUGUCUGUGUCAUAAGGACCUUUCGCGUUUGGACAAGGUAUUUGUGAUGCUGGAAGACUCCCAAAUGCGUCAGAACAUGCUCCUGCACUCUGUCGAUGAGGUCCUGGCUGCUGAACUGCGUGCGAUGCGCUCUGAGGUGCAGCAGGCACUGGCUGAGGGCACUGAGGCCUGUAGGCAUGCCCACCAUCACCAGAAGGAUACAGGGAGUGCCCGGUUUGCCAAGCUGUUGGAACUGGCGCGUGAGGGUGCAGUCAAAUGGCAGCUGGAGCACACCAGAAAGCUGCAGGAGGUCUUCCUCUUGGUGAUGGGCCUAUAUGACAGGCUUGGGAUGCUAGACAAACACCUGGCGAAGUCAGAAGCCAGCAAGGCAAUGUCAGGGGAGCAGAGCAUGUGCACAUCACUAAUCAAGGAGCUGCAGCAAACCAGAGACGGGCUGCUGACCCUGAGAGCUCAGGGGCCUACUCCACACUCAGAGACUCACAGCCAGGAAACUCCAGGAGGGUGCCAAAGGGCAUUGACAUUUCCUGUUCACAUGAAGGGAACACAGGCCAACAUUCUCCCUGUGGAUAACUGCAACUUCCGGGCCUUCACUGCCUGCAUCUGGGCAAAUCCAACCAGGGCAAUGGAGGAAGCAGUGCUCUUCUCCUACUGCACUGAAGAAAAUGGCACCGGAUUCCAGCUCUACCUCAGCCGAGGCUCAGUGUGGUUCUCAGUGGACUCUGUGGAAGUGCACACUCAGACAGGCUUUUGGGGAAAGUGGACACACUACUGCGGGAUCUGGGAUGGUGGCUCUGGGAAUAUCACACUGGUAGCCAAUGGUCAGGUGAUGGCUUCCCGCAACCUGACCGCCCAGCUGCGCACAAUCCCUGGUGGAGGAGCUGUACAGCUGGGCCAUAUGAGUGCCAAAUGUCAGGUGGGUGAAAACACCAAGGUACCCACUGCAUUUAGUGGAAAACUGACCGGCUUUAACCUGUGGGACACAGCCAUCACAGAGAUGAAGGCCAGCCUUCUGCUGCAAAACAAUGGGUGUGACUUUAAAGGGAACAUGGUGGGGUGGGAUGUUUCUCCAAUAACUGUAGGGGCUGGUGUGCUGAUCCAGUAGAGAAACAUUCCGUUCCACUCCUUAACAGAAUUUCAUGUCACAGGUUCAGAAAAGGAAAUCCCUCCCUUCAAAAGAAAACUGAACGAUGUUAAUUCCAUACAGCAGACAUUUUAUUAAAUGAAAAAUGGUCUUGCAUCUGGUCAAGCAGCCAUUUUGAAAAUUCCAUUUCAUUUGGUGCCUGGCCUAUCCUAUAUUGCAAAACCAGUCAUACACCAUGCAACAAAAAAAAAGUUUAAACAUUAAACAAAGAGGUUUUGAGUCCAGCAGCUGACAUGUAGCUAGAAAGGAUCACAGAUUGCACUUGCUCGGGGUACCAUUUUAAAUAUGACUCCUUCAAUGCACCAUGUUCCGUCUGGCUACCCAGGGUCUGCAGUGAAAUCUAUUCAUGGACACACUACCCUGUUUGUGAAGAUAGAAAUUGGAAACGAAUGUUUAUUGUCCCCCGUCCCAAAUGAUUUGGUGCCCCCUUCAGGUGAGUAAUUUUGAUGCAAUGGGGAUAUAUAUACACACACACCAAAUAUUCUUACAAACUAGCAUAACAAAUAAAACAUUUUGCUUUUCAAUAUAACAGGAUACAAACAAUUCCCACUUUAAAGCUUUGUGUAGUUGAAGUUAUGCAUGUUUAAGCCUAUCUAGAUAAAUGCAUUGUGGAUUUUCUGUCAGAAGUGAGAUAUUACUGCAAGAAGCUGAUUUACAAAAACUAGGACCCAAUCGAUUCAUGCCCCUAAAUCAAUCGAUACUACCCCAACUACUUGGAAGAACUUCCAUAAGAACUUUAGGGUGGCACGGUGGCUCAGUGGUUAGCACUGCAGCCUCACAGCGCCAUGGACCUGGGUUUGAUUCCAGCCUCAGGUAACUGUCUGUGCGGAGUUUGCACAUUCUCCCUGUGUCUGCGUGGGUUUCCUCUGGGUCCUCCAGUGUCCUCCCACAGUCCAAAGAUGUGCAGGCUAGGUGGAUUGGCCAUGCUAAAUUGCCCGUAGUGUUCAGGGGUGUGAAGGUUAUAGGGGAAUGGGAUGCUCCAAGGGGUGGUGUGGACUUGUUGGGCCGAAGGGCCUGUUUCCACACUGUAGGGAAUCUAAUCUAAUCUAAUCUCACAGCGAGAUGAAUUCCUGAUGGAAUUUCUUAGUGACAAUUUUUAUCGAUUGUCUGAAGCUCUGGUCGCCCCCUUGAGGAAACAUCUUCUCUAUGUUCAUCCUUUGUCACUUUGCUGUCAUAAUAUUUGUCAUCUCCAACAGGUCACCCCCUCAGCUACAGAAAUAAGCCCCACCAUGUCACUUGAUCACUCAGUGGUAAUGCCAACAGACUAGCAACCCAAAGACAGGCUAAUGCUCUAGGGACAUGUGUUCAAAUCCUACCAUGGCAUCUGAUGGAAGUAAAAUUUGAUUAAAGAAUCUGGAAUUAAAAGUUAGUCUCAAUAAAGGGACUAUGAAAAGAUCACCAGUUGCUGCGAGAAACUACCUGGUUCGCCGAUGGCCUAUAGGGAUUGAAACCUACCUUACCAGGUCUGGACCUACAUGUGACUUCAAAUUGGUGGAUUCUGAACUGCCCUCUGAAGUGGCUGAUUAAAGCCACUCUGUUCAAAGGGCAAUUAGGGCAACAAAUGCUAACCGUGCCAGCGAUGCCCAAAUCCUGUGAAAGAGGAACAAAAACAAAAGGUGAUAGCUCAGUCCAGAAAAUAUUAAGGAGCACAGGUAACCUUUUUGAAGGUUGAACACAUUGAGGAACAACACCUCUGGGGUUAAAAAACACGGACAAAAUCAAGUGGUAAAACAGAAAAACCUCAGUCCCCAACAACUCGGACGCUCAAGUUUUAAGUUCAGCUGCACAUGUUUUAUUAAACAUUUCAAAUAGGCAAAAAUAAUCAAACUUAAAUAUAUUUGCCAAAUGCACAUUAUUUGAAUAAAAAAGGACUGCUCUCACGUUGUGUAUAUUAAUAAUGAUAGGCACUUUCUGUCUCCGAAGCAUCACAUCAUGCAGUGAUCACUGUUCACAUUUACUCCCAGGAACAAAACACUGUGCAGGCUUGAAAUCUGAAGACAGAAAUAUCACUUAGGCUCAAUGGUGGGGUGGGUGAGAAAGAUAGAGAAAUCAAAAGAAUGAGGGGCGUUAAAGAGCAGGGGUGAAGGAACAGGACAGAACGUGGUGGGGGUGGGCCAGGAGAGAAGCUCGGUAUUAGUAAGCCUGCAAAGCAUGAGUGAGCUGUUUGAGGCACAUGAUCGUGACGGGCUAUCAUAGGGGAGUGAGAGUGAGAGAGACAGAAUGCACAGCUAUUAUGCAGGGAAGACACCUCACUGUGCAUGAGAGCAAGGUAAACUUGGCUGCAAUGCCUCAGUGGCUGAACAGCUCCCCAUUAUGUGCUACCCGGGCUGAGGUGAAGAACAAACCAGUUUGUUCUCCAGCGGGAGGGGCUAUACAUUCAUGCACAUAAGCCAUUGAUGAUGAACCACGAAGAACAAAUCGGACAAAUGGUUUCCAAGUUCCCUAAAUCAAUCUACUUCAAAAUAAUUCAAAGAUGCACUGGGAAAGCAAAUCCUCGGAGGCUCAGUUCAUGUGCUCGUCUGUUAGCAGUUGCUAUUGAUAAGUCAUUAAAUUUAUCGAUCUUCGCUGGUUUUUGCGGGGUGAGUGCAGGGGAGGUGAUGUAUUGACCCGAGCAUCGUGGGAGGCCUCGUGCAUUCUGCUGGAAGAGGGUGGGACCAGAAGAGACAUGGAACAGCCAAUGGCCUGACUCAGAAGGCACUGUCCAGCUUGUUCCAACAUCUCAGUUAACUUCACAAAUAAUCAAAGAAACAAGCCCCUGCCAUCAAUGCAAAAUGAUAAACAAGGCAUUGGAUGAGUGGAAGCCUGGGCAGGGGGCAGGUAGGCUUACAGUCCUCACGGUGCAAUACACAUUGACCACGCACUCAGGACCAGGCACAGCUUCAAACAGCCAUGCUCUGUCUCACAUAUAUUGUGGGCUUGACACGCUGUCCAUUUCAACCUCGAUGGAAACGAUGUGGUGCCCAGGGAUCAUGGCCAGACCCAGUACUCGUGGCUCACCAUGUGCCAAGGAAUCUGCAGUCAAAUAAAAUACACAUCAUUCCUCUUGGCCUCACUUUCUGCAGAAACAGAUUGCAA